GCAACCGGGGAACCCGGAUGGAAGCCUGGCCCGGCGGAGGCAGCGGGCCUGCCCGCGCUUCUGUCUCCCGGCGCUCGGCGGUCAGGCCUCAGGAACUGCGGGUCCCGACAGCCUGGGUCUGGGCCCAGGCUGAACGGGCCUGAACCGGGCCUUUAAAAGAAGUGGGAGCAUCCCCUGGGCCCGUGCCCUCCGCGUGCAUUUUCACAGUUAAACCUCCCAGCCGCCGACGAGGAUGUCGUAAUUCCUAGAUGCCACAAAGGAGCAAGUGGAAAUUGUGAGGUUCUAAAACAAGAAAGCCUCUGGGGUGCAAAAUUCCGUGACGUCUCUGGAAUACUACCUGAGAAUUUUUGUGUGCCAUGUCGAAGAAACGUAAAUGGGAUAAUGACUAUGUUCGUUACUGGUUCACCUGUACAACAGAAGUUGAUGGGACUCAACGUCCACAAUGUGUGUUAUGUAACUCAAUAUUUUCAAAUGCUGACCUCAGACCGUCAAAACUGUCAGACCAUUUUAACAGACAACAUGGUGGUAUAGCCGGGCAUGAUCUCAAUACCUUGAAGCAUAUGCCAGCACCAUCUAACCAGAAUGAAACCUUGAAAGCUCUCAAAGUUGGAUCUCAUAAAGAUCCCUUAUUACAAGCAUCAUAUCAGUUUGCAUAUUUAUGUGCCAAGGAGAAGAAUCCUCAUACAAUAGCUGAAAAAUUAGUGAAACCUUGUGCACUGGAAAUAGCACAAAUAGUUUUGGGACCAGAUGCACAAAAGAAGCUUCAGCAAGUACCCUUAUCAGAUGACAUGAUCCAUUCUAGAAUUGAUGAAAUGAGCCAAGAUAUUUUACUGCAAGUUCUAGAAGAUAUCAAAGCUAGUCCUCUUAAAGUAGGUAUUCAGCUUGCUGAAACAACUGACAUGGAUGACUGCAGUCAGCUAAUGGCAUUUGUGCGAUAUAUUAAAGAAAAAGAAAUCAUAGAAGAAUUCCUAUUCUGUGAACAAUUGCAGUUAACCAUGAAGGGACAGGAUAUCUUCUAUCUCUUCAGAGACUUCUUUUUGAAGCACAAGAUAGCACUUGAUGUAUGUGGUUCUAUUUGUACGGAUGGUGCCUCCUCUAUGGUAGGAGAAAAUUCAGAAUUUGUUGCCUGUGUGAAAAAAGAGGUACCUCAUAUCAUGGUCACACAUUGUUUGUUGAACCCCCAUGCACUUGUCACAAAGACAUUGCCUAUGAAACUGAAGGAUUCUCUGUUUACUGUGGUGAGGGUAAUAAAUUUUAUCAAAGGGCGAGCACCAAAUCAUCGUCUAUUUCAGGCAUUCUUUGAAGAAAUUGGUAUAGAAUAUAGUGUCCUCCUUUUCCAUACUGAAAUGAGGUGGCUCUCCCGAGGCCAAAUGCUUACUCAUAUUUUUGAAAUGUAUGAAGAAAUAAAUCAGUUUCUUCACCACCAAAAUAGUAAUUUAGUUGAUGGCUUUGAAAAUAAAGAGUUUAAAAUUCACUUAGCCUACCUUGCAGAUUUAUUCAAGCAUCUAAAUGAACUUAGCGCAUCUAUGCAAAGGACUGGGAUGAACACAGUAUCAGCUAGAGAGAAGUUAUCUGCUUUUGUUAGGAAAUUUCCAUUUUGGCAAAAACGAAUUGAGAAAAGAAAUUUUACCAACUUUCCUUUUCUUGAAGAAAUAAUUAUUUCAGAUAAUGAAGGAAUGUGUAUUACAGCUGAAAUAACACUACAUCUGCAGCAGUUGACCAACUUUUUCCAUGGAUAUUUUUCCAUUGGCAAUCUUGAUGAGGCAAGUAAAUGGAUACUGGAUCCAUUUCUUUUUAAUCUUGAUUUUGUCGAUGAUCGUUAUUUAUUGAAAAAUGAUCUUGCUGAAUUACGUGCUAGUGGCCAUAUUCUAAUGGAAUUUGAGACAAUGAAGCUUGAGGACUUCUGGUGUGCUCAAUUCAUGGUAUUUCCAAAUCUGGCAAAGAUAGCUCUAGAAAUCCUUAUGCCAUUUGCAACUACUUACCUUUGUGAACUGGGAUUUUCAUCACUUUUACAUUUUAAAACAAAAUCCAGAAGCUGCUUUAAUAUGAGUGAUGACAUCCGUGUGGCUAUUUCAAAAAAAGUACCUCGUUUCUCAGACAUUAUUGAACAGAGGCUAAAACUACAGCAGAAGUCGUUGUAAGCUGGUAUACUUUUUUAAUGUAUAAUUUUAAUAUAUUCUUAAUACCAUUGUAAAAUUAAGCUGUAAUUUUUUUUAUAUUUAUGAUAGACUGAAUUCUAUGUUUAAAAAGUUGAACAACUUUAUGAGGCAAGUGAAAUGUGUUUUGAAAAAAAGAACACAAACAGCAAAAAUGAUAAACACCACUGACUUGUUGAUACAUAGGAUUUUCCUAGUUCUGAAGAUCUAUUUAACCUUUUGCUGUGAUAUAUUAAAAAGACAGUCAAGCACUGGACUAUUCAGCUAAAUAGUACAGUAUGCUAAGAAUUGAGACAAGAGGAAAGAGAUGACAUCCCAACAGUUAAAGUACAGAAUUACAGACCAAGUCCUCCCAUCAUUUGUGAAGGUUGUUAUGUGAAAGUUAAUGAAAUCAGAAGAGUAUGAUGAAAUAUCAUAGUGGGAGAAGGGGUGAUCUAGCUUAUAUAAGACCUAAUUUUAAAUGUGCUUUUUGGAGUUCAUCUCACAAUGUCCAUUUUGCUGGCUCCCAUACUCUAAAUAUCAUGAUAUUAAUAAAUAUCCUAAUAUCAUAUUAGUCCCUACUUUUCUUCUUCUUUUUCUUUUUUUUUCUUGGAGAGGUUUUUGCUGU